CAUCAUAGUCAUAGACAUAGAGCCGACUCAUUUGUGUCCGAUUUACAAUAGAAAUGUACGGAGUCACUGCCUUUUAUAAAAAAAACUUUCUUAACCUCGACGAUUAAACUGCAUAGGCAUAGGACAAACUUAGCCCAUUAUAUUGAGUCAAUGUCUUUAGACUAUAGAACCUUGAAACCUGUUCAUGGUAAAUAAAUGGCCGGUAGUCGCAGGGAGAAGCUUGGCUCCAUAUUUGCCAGGUAAAAAAUAUAGAAUAAUAUCCCAAUAAAUUUAAAUUAUUUAUAAAUUCAUCUUCAACUUAAUUUCGUACAUCAGUACCAGUGAUCAGACAUUAUCAAUCACCCUGAAUGAAUCACAACCAUAUGAAUAUGAUAUUUCACUAUUUAAUUACAUUUGGAAUAACUAAACUAAAUACUAAGACUAGGAAUUUUUAACUAUUAAAAUUAAAUACUUAAUGAAAACAACCAUAUUUGGAAUCACUAAGUAAGGACUUAUUAACUGGAACUGUCUUGAUUGAAUUAGAGUCUAUCACAAACUUUUUGGGGCCUAAAUAAAUAAAUUGGGGCCUAAAUAAAUAAAUUGGGGCCUUGUAACUUGUGUAAGACAAGAUGAGGCAAAACACUCUUAGAAAGUUUAGAAUUAAAACGUGGAGGAUGGUUUAGGAGUUGGGACUUAACCUGGGGUAUAUAUUUUCAUACCCUUGCAUAUGGAGUCAUGUAUUUUUGACGCCACUGAGAUAGCAAUGAUGAAAAAAGAAAAUAUUCAUUUUAUUUUGCAAAGUUCAGACUCACCCGGCACCAAAAAUCCUUCAAAAUCAUCUUUCUAACAUAAAAUAUUUUAAAAUGUUUAUUGUGUUGUAUUCAGAAUGUCUGGAUUGUUGAGAUCUGGGGCAAUAAAAGAAGAAGAUCGACCUAUUUGGUAUGACGUAAUAAAGGCAAUACCACCUAAGCCUGUUCCACCUCCAAAGCAAGUCCAAAACAUUUUAUAUCCAGAGGACUUUGUCAUUGCGUGAGAAUUUAAUUUUUUUUCUGCUUUUUGUAUUUUUAAUGCAUGGUAAAUGUACAUUUUAAUUUUAAUAUAGGUAAUUAAAUUGCUUAAAACUGUUUUGUCAAUAAAUUCGUAUGAUAUAGAAGCGACCAUUUCCAAAUUCUAAGUACAAAUGCAUUAGCUUUAUUAACAAUUUGUGUAAAUUUUUAAAAUGUUUUAGAUUAGUGGUUCCCAAACUUGCUCCACACCACCCUAGGGCACUGAUAAAUAGUCUUAUAAUUUUUCCUGUAAGACUUUGCCCACAAUUUUUUUUAGAAUCGGCCAUCUCACAGGAAUGAAUUGAAAUAGAUUACUUUUCAACAAACCACUAAAUGUUUCAUAGUAAUACUAGGCAACACUCAGAAUUAAAUAGGCUGUUAAACUCUGGAUUGUUACUAUGCUAUAGUGUAGAGGGCAUUUUUUUUCCCACCCUGCUCCUAGGACAUAUAGGAGUGUGUCUAAGUGCAUCAUUAUAAAUAUAUUGAUUGGAUUGUAAUACUUAGUUUUCAAACUCAUCAGUUCUGGUACCUGAUGUUUGGUAUGCUGAUUGCUGUUGCCAAUGCCUUUAUUUGUUGAUAAUCAAACUAACUUAACUUGUGCUGAUCAAUUAAAGUUUGAAAUGAUUUUGUUCUUGCUGUGAAACUCCUGUUUGUAUUAGAUUGGUUAAUUCAUCAAGUUCUUUUACUGAAUCAACUCAAGUUCUUUUUCAUAAUAAUUGCAAAUUCACAGACUGUUAAUUCCAUAUACACAUGUAUAGCGCAGCUCGCAAUCAGAGAGAAAUAAAGCAAGACCUUUUUCCACAAAGUUGUUUUCAUACUCCUGCACUACUAAAACGUAUGUCACAAAACAGACUAGACAAUACCUCAUAAUAAGCAUAAAAAUACGUCACCAAGUCAAGCAUGGGAAGAGUGUUCACUAAUUAAUUUCUCAAAAAUACACAGCGCAUAUUCAAAUAUAAUAUCCAGUCGCAACAAUUGUCAAUGAACUCCCAUACUCGCCACUUACGUCCUACAAUUUAACAUUAUGAAACAUUGUACAGGCAAAUUAAUAUUUUCAAAGUUUUUUGUAAUUACUGUAUUAGAUAAACAUGUACUAAAUUCAUUCUCUUUAAUUUUUUAAAUCCGACUUAAAAUACUUUUUCAUUACAUGAAAUUAAAAAAAAUAUGUUGUUUUUAUAACUAUACUUUGUUUUAAUUAAAUAAAUUUGUUUACUUAUAAUUCAGGCAUUUCUAUAGAACCUAUACUGAUCCUGAACCAGUAAGAUUAAACGACCACAAGAAUAAGACAGUACUGCAGAGGUAGAUUUCUUUUAGCAUAUUUCCCUACUUAAAAACAAGUUUUAGCAAGAAUUCUUUCAUUAAAUUUUUCUUCAAGUUCUCUGGAAUUAUUUCUAUUAGAUUAGCAAGGUUAUACAUGUAUUCCUCUUUAAAAAUAGUAUGACAGCUGCACAACCUUGUUCUAAAAUUAAGCUAGUGACAUCCAUUUUAAUACACAGGUUUGUGGACAAAUAUUUUGAACUGCAAAGCAAAAAAAGUGUUCCUACUGAUCAGCUGUUUAAUGAAACACUCUUGACUCUCAAAGCGGAGGGAAUACAUUUAAUAACACAUGCGGAAAAGCAGUCCAGAGUAAGUAAAAAUUAGCAAAUACAUUUGAAGAAAUGACUCCUUUUUCUGUCAUAACCCAUCUGAAGAUAUAAAUCUAAUUAUCUUUAUUUGCAAAUCUUAUUUAAUGUAGAUUUUUAGUUUUGAGGUCAAAUUGUUUUAAAAUUACUUCUAUGGAAAUUAUUAUUGAUCAUGUGUAGUGUUAAAAUAUGUAGUACCUCUUAAUACUGUAUACGGUCAAAAAAUAUCUAGCAUAAACAAUUAAAAUAUUAAUACUCAGUCCCUAAUUUAUGAUUAUACUAGCGGUCUGAUCAUUUUCAACAAAGAGCUAGAACAUUAAUUUUUUUUUAAAAAUUUAAUAAUUUUGAUUUACUUAGGUAUCUAUGACAGUGUAUUUCUUAAAAUUUUGUGUCACAUAUUGUGUUGAUAUUAAUUUGUGUAUGGUAGCCUAGCAGCCUAAAAUAAAUAAUUUUAUAAUAAUGACAUUACAUUUAAAUGGUUUAUUUUCAGACAAAAGGAAAAAGUCCAGUGUCGGGGGGAGAGACAUUUACAGAUCAAAUGCCAAUAACGGUUUCUAAAAAGUUGGAUGUAAAUAAAAUCCCUCAAAUCAAUCUUCAACAGUUAUUUGAUAAACCAGGUUGAUUUAUGAAGGGGGAAAAAAAUUAAUUUUUCUAAUAAAUGAUUAAACUGCAA